AUGUGUGAUAAAUCCGCACACACGCACGAUGAUGAAAUCACCAGUUUGUGGAACCACCCAUGCUGGGUCACCACUUCAAGUCAGUACGCCAUCCAACACCGGCACCACGAAUUUGUCUCUCGGAGAUGUGUGACUAGUGGAAUUGCACUUCCAUGUCGUCGCGGUGUGGGAUGGUGGGGCAGCUUGAGCAAAGCGCUAUUUCCACGACCCCGCACGGCAUUCCUGCUAACUGCCGCCACCAUCUCAUGUCCACCUCCUGGUGACGUGGAUGACUUGCCUCCAGUCGAACGAUUCCAGCCAUUUGUCGCAUUUCACAUCGCACUGACGACACGUCAGAUCGGCGCAUCUUGUGCCAGUGGCGACGGCAGUGCCGCCUUCACGUCGAUGAUGACACCACCUUCUCCCGUGCCCUUUCUUGUCUGCACGUCGUGGCGUCACGUCCUUGCAUUGAUGGGCACGUCUGUUCUCCGCACGUGGUGCGCACGUCCGUGUUUUAUCUCUCUGACGGUGGCGGCUGACGGUAAUGAAUGCGAGGCAGCUAGAACAAUGGCCAGGCACGCACGUGCGCCCGCCUCACGGAAACAUGUUUGCAGGGAAAAGGGCGUUGACGGAAGUCCGGGGCAGAAGAGCGCAGGGGCGGGAAGACGAACACAAUGA